CGUCUGCGCAUAAAAAUUUCCACUAGUGAGAAUUGUCCGUUUCCCGUUGUGUCUCUUUAACGUGAAUUUCACAAAACGCAACAUGGCUGAGGCAGAUGAAACUCAAAAGAAGAAGAGGACCUUCAGGAAGUUUACCUUCCGAGGAGUCGACCUCGAUCAACUUCUGGAUAUGCCAAAUGAGCAACUGAUGGAUUUGAUGCAUGCAAGAGCACGUAGACGCUUUUCUCAUGGUCUGAAAAGAAAAUCUAUGGCUCUUGUUAAGAAGUUACGUAAGGCAAAGAAGGAGACUCCACCUAAUGAAAAACCUGAAAUUGUCAAAACGCAUUUGCGUAAUAUGAUCAUUGUCCCAGAAAUGGUUGGUUCGAUUGUUGGUGUGUAUAAUGGAAAAACUUUUAACCAAGUUGAAAUCAAGCCAGAAAUGAUUGGCCAUUAUCUCGGAGAAUUUUCUGUUACCUACAAGCCUGUCAAACAUGGUAGACCUGGUAUCGGUGCAACACAUUCUUCAAGAUUUAUUCCACUGAAAUAAAUUGUAUUCAUCUUUUACCAAUAAAUUAUAAAUAAUGUAA